AAGUAAAAUAUUAUGAAAUAUGAUUUACAGACUCUUUGAAAACAGCAUAAAAUAUAAGUGUAUUAAAAAAUAGUUCUUAUAAUGAUGACUGAUUAUAUCUUUGCAUAUUUAAAUAGUAAUUAUAAAUGGACUUGACAGAUUUGUUGCUUUUUAAUCAUGCAAGGUGAAUCUGCUGAAACUCUAUUAUCUAUAAAGAAUGGAGGAUAUCCAUCAAUUGAUGAGAUCAAAAGCGAAGUGAUCGAUGAUGAUACAAUGGAUAUGGAUGAUCAGCAAAUUUCAAAUAAUUCAACAGACUCCCAUAUGGACACUGAAGAAUCUGAUCCAAUUCCUGAACUUGGCCCUGCAGCUUUAGGUUUACAAAGAGUAGGUAGCCAACCUCCUCCAAAACCAAAUCCUCCUAGCCAACCAGUUCAAGUUUUAAAUCGAAGGGGAAUGCCAGCAAGGAUUAGAAAGAAAAACAAAUUAUUUUAUGAUGAUAUAUUAGUUAACCAUCCUCAUCAUAGAAUUAAAAAGGAUCCGUCACAUCCGGAUACAAAACAUUCUCCUAGAAAAGUAUCUCGUCCGUCUCCUGCAAAAAAACAAAAUAGAAUAACCAGUGAGCCAAGAAAAAAUAAUAAUAUGUUAAGCCAACCUGUAUCGUCUACAAUGACUCCAAUUAAACAAGAGAAAGAACCUGAUAAACCAAUGCCACCUUCAUCUCCGGAUCGUAAAAUUGGACAAAAGAUUGGUAUGAGAUUAAGAAAUUUAUUGAAAUUACCAAAAGCACACAAAUGGGUUUGUUACGAGUGGUUUUAUAGUAACAUUGAUAAGACUCUUUUUGAAGGAGACAAUGAUUUUAUGAUUUGUUUAAAAGAAUCAUUUCCACAAUUAAAAACUCGGAAAUUAACACGAGUUGAAUGGUGCAAGAUAAGAAGAAUGAUGGGUAAACCACGAAGAUGUUCACAGUCGUUUUUUGAGGAAGAAAGACGAGAACUGGAAAGAAAGAGACAAAAAAUUCGAAUGUUGCAACAAAGAAAGGCUGCUGAUAUUAAUAGUUUCAAAGAUUUACCACCAGAAAUACCAUUACAAUUGGUAAUAGGAACCAAAGUUACAGCAAGACUGAGAAAACCACAGGACGGUUUAUUCACUGGAAGUAUUGAUGCUGUGGAUACUAGUAAUAACACUUACAGAAUUACAUUUGAACGCGCCGGACUUGGAACGCAUAGUGUUCCAGAUUAUGAAGUACUGUCAAAUGAACCACCGGAAACGAUAAGUGUAGCCUCAUUUGCACAGAAGUUUAGACCACGACACGUACAAUACGUACCAUCUCCACCAUAUGCCAUGAAAUUAAUGUCACCGCGUUUAAACAGCGAUCCUUUAAUAUCGAAUGCUUCUGUAUCUUUACCAAAGAAAUCUCAUAUUGGUGGAACAAUGAAUGGUUAUCCUUUAAAAUUGUUGGAAUUUAUGGUUAAAGUAAAUAAAAUAUUAGCUGCUAAGAAGGUCAAAAUAAAAAAAUUAAAAGAGAUGAACAGCGAGGCAGAAAAAAGACGUUCGUUUGGAGAACUGUUGCCACCAGAUUUUGAAAGAAAAUAUGCAGGUAUCGUAGUUGAAUUGGAAAAGAUGAAUACCGCUUUGCAAGAUUUUCUUAAUGACGUUCAAGAACUUUGUCAAGAAAUGGCUCCGGAACCUAGUGUUGCAGCUAUGUUAGCUCCUUCUCAUCUGCGUGAAAAAUGUAGACAGGAAGCUGCAGAUAUGAUUGCAAGACAUAAUAGUGUUAAUGACAGGGAACCCGGAAAGAUGUCUCAAUUAGUAACAGAUUUAACAGCCCUUAUGCUUCAAGUAAAGAGUUUAUCUGAUUCAGAUCGUAAUGCAUAUGAAUUAAAAGUGCUACAAGGCACAAUGGAGCAAAUACGUGCAAAAUUAAGUCCACAAAAUCAACAAGUUUUUCAAAAUUGUGUUGAAAUACACAUGCAACAUAUACAAUUAGGUUUGGGACAAAGAGGUGCUUUAACGCCAUUUAUGGCCCAAAGAGCUUAGCAAAUACGAAAGUAAUUUUCAUUAAUACUUACAAAAAAAUGUACAAUACUAAAAUAGAUAUCAACUAUAAUAUUACAAUAUUUUAUAUGAAAAAGUCCAAUUUUAUUUUAUUAUCUUUUUUGUAUAGGGCAUAUCAUCAUUAAAGAGCACCUAUCUUAUUAGGAUACAAACAUUCUACAAAUGAGUUUAGGAUAAUGCGCUGUGCUGUUAAUUGCAUUAAACAUUUAAAGAUGUUCACGUUUAAAAGAUUUACCUGUAAACUUUGCGAUUUUUACAAUACAACUUUGCAAUAAUUAAAUAAUUAUGAAUUAUUAAAUCAAAAAUAAACUAAUAUGGCUAUUGUAAAUAAAGCGUGCAUUUUGCAGUGGCAGCUUUCAUUAACUUUAUAUAGAAAUUUAUAACAUUACAUCAUCACAGUAGGAAUGAAACAAAUUUUUUAUUUUGUAAAAAAGAGUUUAAUAUUUUCUGCUUAUAUAUAAUUCCAAAAAUUAAUAUAUAAUUAAUACAUUAAUAUUUUGAAAAAUUAUUUUCAAUAACUGUACAUUAGGUAUAUGCAUAAAUAUGGCAUAACCAAUUGUAAAUACACUAUAAAUGAUAUAAAAUAUGGAUCUUUUACAUUUGUUUUACUAUACUAGCUAUCAAUUUUUUAUUUAUAUCGAAUGUUUUACUUUGAAAAAUUGUGAAAUGUUUAAUAUAAUAUGCAAUAAUUUAUUUAUAAUAUGUGAGUCUACUUAAUGAUCCUAUUUCUAAAAUAGUUACCAAUAUAUUGAAUUAAGAACAUCGAUUAUUAAAGCUUAUUUGAUUCCAAAUAUUAUGUUGUCAUAAAUACAGUUAUAUGAAUGUUGUACUUAUUUUUCAAGCAUAUUAUAUUUUUAAUAAAGUAAAUGUAAAUUUGAUGCAAUUACAUAUGCAAUACUAAUAUAAAUAAUUCAAAUAUGGACAUCCCUUAAACUUUCUUUAUUAUCUGUAAAUAAAUUCUUAUUUCAAAAUAUCGCAAUCCUUUCAUAUUUUUUUUUAUCUUCAACAAAAACAAUGAUUUCAUUAGAUGAUGAAACAGUCAUUGCAUUGAGUUACAAACGUGGAAACUACAAAAUGUUUUAUAUUCGAGAAUAAGCCAAGAAAUGUAAAUUACGGACUUAUCACUUUUAGAUUCUAUUUACAUGAAUUUUUCAUAUGUAAAUAACUUUACAUUAGGAAACCUAUAUCAAGUAUGUAGAUGGUGUUCCACAGAUACAAUUCUGUAUGCAUACAUAACAAAAAAUUACUUUAAAUAAGUUAUGGUAUUUAUAUUUAUAACAUAUAAUAAUGCAAAGAAAAAAUGAAUUUGAAUAUGUAUACAUUUAGCUAAUUACUCGUACUUGUUUUUGUUCUAAGUACUUGCAAUAAAAGUAGCAAAUAACGUAUAUGAACUUCAAA